AUGCGAACCACGUUGUCCAACACCGUGGACAAGGAGUUUCAGUCUCCGCUCUUGCCGCCGGGCGAUGAAUCCAUACCGGAGAAACUAUGCAUAGACGAGAUGCUUCAGAGUUACUGCGGAGAGUUUGGGCGAUGGCAUCUGAAACAUUUCGUACUGACGAGUCUGGCGUGGGCGUUGGAAGCUUUCCAUACCAUGAUCAUGAUAUUCGCUGAUCGUGAACCGAAGUGGAGGUGUCUCGAUGGUGCUGCCGGUUUGGGUUGUGACCCCGCAGCUAAGAGUGUGUGUGAAAUUGAACCGGGUUCGUGGGAAUGGGUGGAAGGUGUGGCUUCCUCGACUGUCGCAGAAUGGGGUCUGGUUUGUGGUGACAAGUAUAAGGUUGGUCUGGUUCAAGCCGUGUUUUUCGCUGGCUGUAUGUUUGGUGCUGGAAUAUUUGGUCAUCUCUCAGAUUCAUUUCUUGGAAGAAAAGGAUCUCUCAUAGUUGUUUGCAUCCUAAACAGCAUCUUUGGCAUCUUAACAGCAUUUUCCCCCAACUACGUCGCUUACUUCAUCCUCCGAUUCCUCACCGGUUUUAGCACAGGCGGUGUCGGCCUCUGCGCCUUCGUACUCGCCACAGAGCCUGUAGGUCCCUCAAUGCGUGGCACAGUCGGUAUGACCACCUUCUACUUCUUCGCCACAGGCAUUGCAGUUCUCUCCAGCAUAGCAUAUAUCUUCCCAACAUGGCGCGACCUAUACAUAGCCUCCUCUAUCCCCUCUAUCUUGUUCCUCGUCUUCGUCCUCCCUUUCCUCUCUGAAUCCCCUCGAUGGUACCUUGUUCGGGGACGAAUCAAAGAAGCCAUGAACACCAUGUCCACCAUAGCUACCUCUAAUGGCAACAGCCUUCCGCGCCGAGUUUCUCUUGCACUCGACAAAGAAUCCCCGUCAUCGUCAUUUAGUCACAGUACAGACGACAAAGAUGCAGUGACAGGCUCUCUUGUGGACGUGAUCCGUUCACCACUAACAAGGACACGCUUGGUUUUAGCAAUAAUCAUCAACCUGUUAUGCUCAGUGGUAUACUAUGGUCUAAGCCUAAACGUAGUAAACCUCGAAACAAACCUUUACCUCAACGUAAUACUCAACUCGGUUGCAGAAAUGCCAGCAUUCAUGAUAACAGCAAUGUUGUUGGAUAAGUUAGGAAGGAAGCCAUUAACAAUAGGGACAUUAUGGGUCAGUGGAUUUUUCUGUUUUAUAGGGAGUUUGAUGACAAAUGAGGGAGUGUGGAAAGGACUGAAAAUGGUGUGUGGAAUUAUGGGAAUAUUUGGGAUGGCAGGUACUUAUAAUCUGCUCUUUAUCUACACAGCAGAGUUGUUUCCAACUGUUGUUCGAAAUGCUGCACUUGGGAGUGCUACACAGGCCGCACAAAUGGGCGCAAUAUUGGCCCCGGUUAUUGUCGUUUUGGGCGGAUCAUGGCCAUUUGCUUUAUUCGCUUUAUGUGGAAUCAUUGGUGGUCUUUUCGCGUUUUUCUUGCCGGAGACGCUAAACCAGCAACUCUAUGAUACACUAACUGGAAUGGAAGCAGCAGUGGAAAAAAAUGUUGACACUGAUAACUCUACUGUAUGA